AUGAAGGUAGCAAGAGACAACAGGGAGGUAGCGGGAGAAGAGAUUGCAGGAGAUGGGAGACAAGAAACAGGAGUAGAGAUUGCACAGCGCAAUAAAGGCGACGUCCGGGAGAGAAAUAAAACAGGAGGCGACAAGGUAGGAAAGUCUAGAACAAGUAAUAGCGAGAGGAGAGACAACAGAGGAGGGCAGUUAAAGAGAAGAAAUAGGAAAAGUACACAAGAGGACCAAGCAAGGCAAGCAAAGACAGGAGGGAGCGUCGAAAACGAGGGAGCAAUAGAAAAUGAAAAGAGAAGGAGAGACAAUAAUGGCGAAGUUAGUUUGGAGGAAUUGAGCGAAGACGAGAAUGGGAGAAGAGUACAAGAUAAGGGGAGGAGAGAAGAAAGGAUAAAGGUGGAGGAAGAAGAGAAACAAGGAUACAAAG